GUAGUGCCUACGCUGACGCCGCAGCGGACGGACGUGCGCGCGCUUUUAAUUUCUCUGCCGACACUAACAUACUCAAAUUUUCAGUGAAAAGUGAUUUGAUUACUUUAAUCAGUGUCAAUGUGGAAGGAUUGCAGUGUUGUGUAUUGAAAGUUUUGUCGGAUAUCGUGUACUGUGGCUGUUUGAAGACGCGUCGUGUUUUUUUCUGUAUAUAAAACGAGAAUUGAUUAUGUUUGUGAACGAAAUUGUGUUGUGUUGAAAGGAUUUCGGAGGUGCGAGUGACAAUGUGCGUGCGGUGAAAACGAUCUGGCGCCAUGCUGCGCGUGAUAACUUGCGUGCUGUUCGCGGCGGCGCUCGGCGAGCAUGUCCGGGAGUUCAGCGUGCGCGAGAACCUUCCAGCCGGCUCCUUCGUCGGGCAUCUCGGCGAUGAACUACCCGACGCGGCCCCACCCUACACCAUCGUCCCCGUCCCAGGCAGCGCCGUCAAUGACGAUCUUAAAAUAGACCCACACACGGGAGAAAUACGAACUCGAAUACCACUAGACCGAGAAAACAAAGAUCAUUACGCAUUAGUUGCUAUUCCUGCUAGUGGAGACAACAUCAGAGUCGUUGUCAGGGUCACUGAUGAAAAUGACAAUGCUCCUACAUUCCCUACUCCUAUAAUGAACGUUGAAUUCUCCGAAAACACUCCCAGAGAUGUAAAACGAAAACUCAAUCCUGCUAAAGAUCAGGAUUUAGGUAUAUUCAAUACGCAAAAAUAUAAUAUUGUAUCUGGAAACACAGAUAAUGCUUUCAGAUUAUCGUCUCAUAGAGAAAGAGAUGGUGUAUUGUAUUUGGAUCUACAAAUCAAUGGGUUCCUUGAUAGGGAAACGACUGAUCAUUAUGAGUUAGUUAUUGAAGCGUUAGAUGGUGGUACUCCGCCACUGAGAGGUACCAUGACGGUAAAUAUUACUAUUUUAGAUGUUAAUGAUAACCCACCGGUAUUUGCUGAGAGUGUGUAUUCUGCAACUAUACCAGAAAAUGCAACUGUUGGGACGACAGUUCUGAAAGUAUUCGCAACAGAUGCGGAUGCUGGAGAAAAUGGACUGAUAGAAUAUUCCAUAAAUAGAAGACAAAGUGACAAAGAAAAAAUGUUCAAAAUAGACCCUGAUUCUGGUGAAAUCACUGUAAAUAAAGCCUUAGAUUUUGAGACGAAGGAACUGCAUGAAUUAGUUGUCGUUGCCAGAGACAAAGGUGCGCAGCCUUUAGAAACGACAGCAUUCGUCUCAAUCAGAGUAACUGAUGUCAAUGAUAACCAACCCACCAUAGACGUGAUCUUCCUAAGCGAUGAUGCGACUCCGAAGAUAUCGGAAUCUGCUCAAUUAGAUGAGUUCGUGGCCAGGAUAUCAGUUCACGAUCCAGAUUCUAAAACAGAAUACGCCAAUGUUAACGUAACAUUAAGCGGGGGUGACGGCCAUUUUGAUUUGCGGACACACGAUAACAUCAUCUACUUAGUAGUUGUCGCGUUGCCUUUAGAUCGCGAAGCUAGAUCUUCGUAUACUUUGAAUGUGGUCGCAACUGAUAAAGGUUCUCCUCCAUUGCACGCGUCCCGGAUCAUCAGUCUUCUGGUGACUGACGUAAAUGAUAACGCACCGGUUUUCGCUGAAUCCGAAUACAAAGCGAGUGUUCCCGAGGCAGCUCCGCCUGGAACACCUGUAGUCCAAGUCUCAGCUAGUGAUGCAGAUGAAGCUGAGAACUCUGAGAUUCGUUAUAGUUUGUUGCCAACUCCGCAGUCGGAUUGGUUUGCGAUUGACGAGCGUUCUGGCUUGGUGACGACGCGGGCCAGGGUUGAUUGCGAGACGAAUCCUAUGCCGCGUUUGACAGUGGUUGCUAGGGACCGUGGCAACCCUCCUCUGUCGUCCACCGCGACGCUGGUAGUGACAGUGCUUGAUGUGAAUGACAACGAACCCAUCUUCGACCAGUCUUUCUACAAUGUCACCGUGUCCGAGAGCGAGGCAGUCGGCAGCUGCAUUUUAAAGAUGUCGGCCAUCGACCCUGACUGCGGAGUCAAUGCUAUGAUUAACUACACCCUGGGCGACGCCACAAGGCAGUUCGGAGUCAAACCUAACACCGGCGACCUUUGCAUUGCUGAGCCCUUGGACUACGAGACUAAUAAGGUCUACGAAUUUCCCGUCGUUGCUACAGAUAGAGGGGGGCUGUCCACAACCGCCGUGGUGAAGAUCCAACUGCUUGAUAUCAAUGACAACGUCCCUACCUUCACCGUUAAGGACUACAAUGUUUCUCUGAAAGAAGGCCGGGUUUCUUCAACUGAACCUAUUGUUGCUGUGUCAGCUAUCGACGCAGAUUCAGGAAGAUUUGGAGCAGUCACCUACAGGAUAGUCAGCGGAAACGAUAAUGAUGUGUUCAGAAUAGACAGAGGAACGGGAGAAAUUCUUGUCACAAAGCCGUCACUGAUACUAGCGAAUCGUAAAUUCGAUCUGGAAAUUUCGGCGACUGAUGGGGGAGGUCUGUCUGCCCCGCAGCCAGCGACUGUACACGUGAACGUGAUGCCGCCAGGUGUUGGAGCCGCGCUGUUUGAUAAACCGAGAUACAAUUUUCGCGUGAAAGAAGAUGUCAGGAUUGGUACUGUUAUUGGAAAUUUGAAAGCUACUGUUGGAGAUAGAGGAAAACCAGCCCGCUACAGCAUUUUGUCCGGGGACCCUGAUCACCACUUCUCCAUCGACCCCUCGUCUGGUGUCAUCAGGACCGCUGGCCAGCUCGACAGGGAGAACGUAGCUUCCUACUUACUCAGUGUUAAAGCUACUAAUGGCAACUCAGCUGGGUUUGACCAAACACAGGUUCAGAUAACUCUAGAAGACGUCAACGACAACGCUCCAGAGUUUGGCACGUCCUCAGUCAGAGUGUCCGUGGCAGAGUCAGCGGCGAUUGGUUCCGUGGUAUACGCGGCCAGGGCUACUGAUGAAGACAGUGGAAAGAAUGGUCAGAUAGACUACAGUCUGGUAUCAGCUACCGGCUCUGCUAAUACCUUCGCUGUGAAUGGUCAACUUGGACUGGUGACGCUGUUAAGAUCUUUGGAUUACGAGAACCUGGUGCGACACACAUUGAUCAUAGCUGCGAGAGAUGGAGGCUCCCCUCCCCUCUCUGCCAACCUCACAUUAUCUGUGGACGUCCAAGAUGUCAACGACAACCCCCCAAUUUUCGAACAUGACUCUUAUACUGCUAAUGUAUUGGAAUCUGAAGCUAUUAAUACUAAGAUCCUCGAAAUCCAGGCCAUCGAUAAGGACACAGGAAACAAUGCUCGUAUAACAUACCGCAUAGCAUCAGAUAACAACUCGAACAAUGAAGAAUACUUCAAUGUACAAGCAACGACUGGUUGGGUGUAUUUAGCGAAACCCCUUGACAGAGAAACAACAUCGAAACACAGAAUAAGUAUUAUAGCUAGCGACAACGGUAUACCACCUUUGUUCGCUAAAACUAUUCUUAUAGUCAACGUUAUAGAUGCAAACGACAACGAACCAGUAUUCACUAAAGCUGCCUAUGAAUUCAAAGUUGAGGAGAAUUUGAAAGCGGGAGCAUUUGUCGGGACGAUUUCAGCAUCUGACGCAGAUCUGGGAGAAAACGCUAUGGUUCGAUAUAGUUUGUUCCCCUCGAAUACUAGUUUCGUCGUCAACCCUGUCUCAGGUGUCAUAACAACGAGAGAAAUGUUGGAUCGUGAAUAUAAAUCUUCUUAUUCAUUAUUUGCUGAAGCAAGAGAUCAAGGGAGUCUACCAAAGUCUAGUCGAGUGCCAGUAUCGAUAAAAAUUACAGAUGUAAAUGAUAAUUCUCCUGAAAUAAUCGAUCCCAGAGAAGACGUGGUUAGCGUCAGAGAGGAACAGCAGCCUGGUGCAGAAGUGGCAAGAGUUAGAGCUAUAGACAGAGAUAAUGGAGUCAACUCUUCUAUUAGUUACUCUAUUUUAAACGAUAGAGAUAUUGAAGGCGCCGGUAUUUUUGCUAUCGAUUCUAAAACCGGAGUUAUAAGAACUAGUACAGUACUUGAUCAUGAAGAGAGAUCGAUAUACCGAUUAACUGUAGCCGCUACUGAUGGAGGAAGUCCACCAAGACAAACAGUGAGGCAACUGAAGGUAGAAGUUUUGGACUUGAAUGAUAAUCGUCCUACUUUUACCAGCUCCAGUUUAACAUUUAGAGUCAAAGAAGAUGCAAAUAUUGGUCAUGUAGUUGGAACUGUCGCUUGCUGUGAUAGUGAUAUUCAAAGCAAUCUGAUUAAUGGAGAAGAAAAACAAAUAUCUUAUCUUCUUAUGCCUUUAACGACAGAUCAUUCUCCUGGAACAUUCGAAAUUGACAGACGAUCUGGCUCUCUAGUUGUUGCCAGACAGUUAGACAGAGAAAUCCAAGAUGAAUAUAGACUAGAAGUUAGAGCUUUAGAUACAUCAGCAACAAAUAAUCCUCAAAGCAGUGCUGUUACAAUUAAAAUUGAAAUAGUAGAUGUAAACGACAAUGCACCAGAAUGGCCACAAGAUCCUAUUAACAUAGAAAUAUCGGAAAUUACACCAAUUGGAAUGAUAGUAUAUAAUUUUACAGCCAAAGAUAUGGAUACAGGUCCGAAUGGAGAAUUGAAUUUUCAUGUCAUUUCAUCAUUUCCUUCAGCAAAAGAUGUUUUUAGUCUGGACCCUUUGACUGGAUAUUUAACUCUCACAUCAGGACUUGAUUAUGAAAUAUUGAAAGACUACUGGCUGGUUAUUGAAGCUACAGAUUUAGCUGUAAACAUUUCAGAAAGGAUGGCUACGUCUGCCACUGUACAUAUAUCAGUAACAGACGCAAAUGACAAUAUUCCUACUUUCGUAUCAGCUGAUAGAGUUUCUAUAUCUCUCAACACUUUGUCUGGCACUCUUUAUCAAGCAUUAGCAGUUGAUGCAGAUUCAGGCGAUAAUGGAAGAAUCUCUUACUACAUUUCAAGUGGAAAUGAUCACGCUUAUUUUUCUAUGGAAUAUGACGUUGGAAAAUUAAUACUGUCGAAAAAGUAUUCAUCCGAAAUAGCGCGAGUAAGACCGGGUAUAUACAAGUUAAAUCUGACUGCUUCCGACCAUGGCGUACCAUUUCCGAGACAAAGUCAUAUGACGUUAAUUCUAAACUUACAAGAGUCAACGAAUGUACCUCCAAGGUUUACAGAAUCUUCUUUCAAAGCUAAUAUCAGCGAAGAUAUACGUCCUGGUAGCUUUGUGGCCAGAGUGGCAGCAAAAUCCUCCAGGGGUAAUACAGGAAAUCUUACGUACUCUAUACCAAGUGGAGUCGCUGAUAAUAAAUUUAAUAUAGAUGAACGACUUGGUACAGUAACUGUGAAAAGUAAAAUAGAUAGAGAAGAACGAGAUUAUUAUACAUUUCCUGUAUACGUAACAGAUUCUGGUACUUUCCAAUCUACCACAAACUUUGACAUUACAACAGUUACUGUCAAUGUAUUGGAUGUGAAUGACAAUCCACCAACUUUCAAACCUGGAUCUUGUUACACUUUAGCUGUUCCUGAAAAUAAUGACCCUGAAAUAAUACACACCGUAGCUGCGAUGGACAAAGAUAUUGGUGCUAACGGGGUUAUAACCUAUAGUAUUACCUCUGGCAAUAAUGGAAACAAAUUUUCAAUUGAUUCAACAACUGGAAAACUAACGGCUAAAUCUUUGGAUCGUGAAACACAGGCGAAAUAUCAUUUGACUAUAACAGCGUUCGACCACGGAUCUCCUAUAGCCUUGCAAGGAUCAUGUAAUAUAACCAUAAUGGUUGAAGAUCAAAAUGAUAAUGAUCCUGUAUUUGAUACAGGCCAUUAUUCAGCUGCCAUUCCUGAGGACUCCCCGAUUGACACCUCGGUAAUAAAAGUGAGAGCCUCUGACGCUGAUUUGGGAUUCAACAGGCGCAUCGUUUAUUCAUUAGCAAAUGAAAGUCAAGGGCUUUUUAGAAUUGAUAAUAAGACUGGAAUCAUUUUCACCACUGGUCAUUUCGAUCGAGAGAAAACGAACAUUUAUCAUUUCGAAGCAGUUGCUACGGACGAAGGUCGAUACAUCGCACGUUCCCAAAGGGUCUCAGUCGAAGUCACGAUAAGCGAUGUCAAUGACAACAAGCCUAUAUUCACCAAAUACCCUUUCAAAGAACAAAUUGCUUCAUUAACCCCGCCUGGACAGAGUCUUCUUCGUGUGUCAGCCACGGAUAACGACAUUGGAACUAAUGCUGAAAUACUAUACGAACUUUUAGAUACGUCUAAUCAUAAAUUUAGAAUAAGCCCAACAACAGGCGUUCUAACUGCAAGUCAGAGCUUAGCUAGCGAAAACGGCAAAUUAAUACAUUUAAAAGUAAUGGCUAAAGAUAAAGGGAACCCGCCACAGAGCUCAAUAGGACUCAUCGAGAUACGAGUUGGUGAUUAUUCCGACCAAACCACAUUAAAUUUCCAAAAUGCAACAUACAACGUUACGAUUGAAGAAAAUAUGCCUUACGGAAAACAUGUGUUACACGUCACCGCGGUACGGAGCGACGGUCGUCGACAGAGAAUCAUUUAUGAAAUCGGCAACGGAAAUGAUCAGUAUGCUUUCGAAAUCGACUCUAAUACAGGAGUAAUAAGAGUCAACAACUCGGCAAACUUGGAUUAUGAAUCUUAUCCAGGCCCUACGCGGCGUCUGGUCGUAGUUGCACGAACAGAGGGCUCGCCAGUUUUAUACGGUUAUUGUGAUGUAACAAUAAAUCUACUGGACCAAAACGACCACGCUCCCAGAUUUACGCAGCAACAAUAUAUUGCGAACGUUUUAGAAGGGAACGCUAAAGGCGAAUUUGUCGUUCAACUGGCGGCAACAGACGGCGACCGCGGCGUGAACGCGAGAAUUCUAUACCAUAUAGUCGACGGGAACCAUGACAACGCAUUCAUUAUCGAACCAGCUUUCUCGGGCUCAGUGAAAACGAACAUAGUGUUGGAUCGCGAAAUAAGAGAGACGUAUAAAUUGACUGUGAUCGCAACCGACGAGGGAGACCCUCAGAUGACGGGCACCGCCACUCUCCGGAUCAAUGUCGUCGACGUGAACGACAACCAGCCGACAUUCCCACCACCGAACCUCAUCACUGUUUCGGAAGGAACGGAAGUGGGGACUGUUCUGACAUCUGUUACGGCGAACGACGUUGACACAUAUCCAGCCCUAAAAUACUCGAUAUCACCAGCUGAAAAUAGAUUUUCCAUUGAUAGGUAUAGCGGGAAGAUAGUAUUGAAUAAGCCUCUGGAUUAUGAGACACGGAAACUGUAUGAAGUUAACGUCACUGUUUCGGAUAGUGAACAUGUAGCCAACACUACGCUUACCAUAAAAGUGACAGAUAUAAAUGACAAUAGCCCAGUAUUUGAAGACGUUUCUUACAACAGGAUAUUACCCGAAGGCACUGGUAUCCUUGAAAUUGGAUCCGUUCACGCUGAUGACCUCGACAGCGGUGACAAUGGAAAAAUCUCCUAUUCGUUCCUCCAUUCCACCAAGAGUUACUCCAUCGAUGCAGCCUCUGGAGCCAUCUUCGUGAACUAUAGCGCUUUACCUGAGAACCAAAGAGAUGUUCAAUUAGCUAUCGUAGCGACCGAUCACGGGAAACCCAACAGAAGUACCGUCACAUCUGUAAGGAUCAGCGCUGGAGCCACUUCAGAAAUCAAACCCUUCAUCGGUCAGGAUACAUACAGGAUUACAGUCAAUGAAGAUACAGAAAAAGGUACAUCCCUGCUUCAGAUCGGUGGCAUCAAUGAUGUCCUCAAGAAAUACAAUCUUAACUUCCACAUCGUUAGUGGUAACGAAGGCGAUAGUUUUGAUGUCAACGCCGAUGGAGCACUCAUCCUAGUGAAUAAAAUUGACAGAGAAAAUCAAGAUUCUUACGUACUAGGUUUAGCCGCUAUAGAACAGGGAAAAAUAAUAUCGUACAGUCAAAAUAAAACUUCAAUCACCAUAUUUGUAACUGUAGCUGAUUCUAAUGAUAAUCCUCCUAUAUUUUCCACAAAUGACGUAGAAUUGUCUGUUAGUGAAGAUGUCAGUAUUGGCCAUUCUCUCACUCAACUGUCUGCUACAGAUGCCGAUCUAUACGGCACACCCAACUCAGUUAUUGUCUAUAACAUCACUUCUGGAGAUGACGAAAGGCUAUUUUAUAUACAUCCUACAAGUGGAUUAUUGUCUGUAAAUAAAACUCUUGAUUAUGAUGUUGGUAAUACCGUAUACAAACUUAUAAUUUUAGCUUGCGAUCAAGGCAACCCAUCAUUAUGUAAUAAUGCAUAUGUAAAAGUUGAUAUAAUCGAUGAAAAUGACAACACGCCGACAUUCCCUGUAAACGAAUAUUUUGAAACUAUUGGAGAAAAUGAACGAGUUGGUACCUCUGUCUUUAUUGCAAGAGCCACUGACUUAGAUAAAGGCCGGUAUGGAAAAUUAAAUUAUUCAAUAGCCCCUUCAAAAUAUAACCGAAAUGAUGAUUCAUGGAAAAUGUUUCAAAUUGAUCCCGUAUCUGGACUUGUGAACACCAACGUAGUUUUUGACUACGAACAGAAAAACAAAUACGAAUUUUCUAUUAAAGCUUCCGAUAUUGGUGGCAGAAGUUCUACUGUAAAAGUAAGAAUCGAUAUAGAAAGCCGGGAUGAAUUUUAUCCUCAAUUUACACAAAAAACUUAUAAUUUUGGAAUACCAAAAUCAGGUCCUUUACCAACUGGAUAUAUGAUUGGACAAACUACAGCCACUGAUAGAGACAAAGGCAUUGAUGGGAGAAUCGUAUAUCAACUGUCAACUUCGCACUCCUACUUCAAAAUCAAUAGGACCACUGGUGUAAUUAUUUUGAAAAAGAGAGUGGAAUCGGUUUCAAACCUUUUUGGUACAGAUAAAUCUAUAAGUCUUGUCGUAACUGCUAGCUCCGGAAGGCAAGGGUCACUGACUAACAAAACUGCGGUUGAAAUUUUACUUGAUCCAUUGGCAGUCGUAUCAGAUAUAAAUCAAAUUAACGAAGCUGCUGCUUCAAGUGGAGGUCUUUCAGAUUGGGCACUUGGAUUGGUGAUUGCUUUUAUAUUCAUUAUUAUAAUAUUUGCAGCAGCAUUCUUGUUCUUGCAUAUGAAAAACAAAAGACAUAAGAAAAUUAAUAAACCAGGAUUGAAUUCUGAAGGUGUUGGUGCAACUAACAGUUAUGUUGAUCCAAGUGCAUUUGAUACUAUUCCAAUUAGAAAUACAGGACCCGUAAAUGCCAAUCAGUUUGCUCCUCCUAAAUAUGAUGAGAUUCCCCCUUAUGGUCCUCAUACAGCAAGUUCCAAUUCUGGAGCGGCAACUACUUCCGAACUCUCCGGAUCUGAUCAGUCAGGCUCUAGUGGUCGAGGAUCUGCAGAGGAUGGAGAAGAUGGCGAAGAUGAGGAAAUAAGAAUGAUAAAUGAAGGACCUCUCAGAGAAUCAGGAAUGCAUAGGCAAUCUAAUGGCGUAGAUGACGAUAACCUAUCAGACGUGUCCGUCCACAAUACUCAAGAAUAUUUAGCUAGACUUGGAAUAGUUGACACAGGAACUGGUGGGGGAGCUUCUACGUCGUCAAGGAGAUGUUCAGAAAAUAUUGGUAACAAAGACACAAUGCUCCAUCAUAGUACUAUUGAUACUAUGCACAUGUUUGAUGAAGAUGCUGGCCACGAGAACGAUAUCACGAACCUUAUAUACGCAAAAUUGAAUGAAGUAACUGGAAGCGAAAGGGCCAGUAGUGCUGACGAGACCAGUGCUGCAGUUGAUAGGGCCAUGGCCUUGGGAGCAUUCCCUAGUGCACCUGGAGACAACACUGCUGUUCCCACAGCAGGGCCAUCUAUGACGGGAAGUCUUAGUUCGAUAGUGCAUUCAGAAGAAGAACUGACUGGUAGUUAUAAUUGGGACUACUUAUUAGAUUGGGGGCCACAAUAUCAGCCUUUGGCUCACGUAUUUUCUGAAAUAGCGCGACUGAAAGACGAUGCCGUUUCUUUGCAAAGUGGGAACAGUGGAGCUUCUAGUGCAAAAAGUAAAGGCACGUCGAUGUCGGGUGGUAAAAGUGUCCCUCCACCAUUACUGACUACAGUUGCCCCUAGAAGUUGUCCAGCUCCUUCGUUGUCUUGUAGACAGCCGCAGCACUUAUUGCCUAGGUCACCAAUUAGUCAUGACGCUCCUGGCGGGUUUUCCGCUGCGGCCGCGAUGUCUCCAUCGUUUUCCCCGUCCUUGUCCCCGCUGGCGACGCGGUCACCGUCCAUGUCCCCGCUCGUGGGGCCCGGCCUGCCGCCCGCGCCCGCUACUCGGAAACCACCACACCCCACCAUGAGAAUAUGAAAAUUAUUAAACUAGGAUAUUGUACAUAUGCGACGACUAUUUUGCCCAUAAGUAUUGGUAGCUAUUUAUUAUCUGUCGAUUUGAUCGGCAUAGUAUAUCUAAUUCUAUUUUUCAUUUUGUGCAUUGAAAUACUGAACUGCCUGAUCGUGCUCAAAGUGAUGUAUUAAGCGCUUAUUACCGAUUUUUACGGUAACUGUAAAUAAUUAUAUAGUCUUCAUUCGGGUUGUAACUUUAAUGUAAAUAGAUUUAGCAAUUAUAUUUAGUGCCUUGUAAAAUAUAAAAAUGAAGACUGCCAUGUUAUAUUUUUUAGAACAAACGAAUCAGCUUUACUCUAAGCUAUAAGAAUAUUUUUAGAUAUUGCAAUUUAUUUGUAAGCUUUAUUACAAAACGACGUAUUUUUAUAAAAUGCAGUCACAAAUUCUGCCUUUCGAAUAGUGCCUUUUGUAUGAUUUGUAUAAAUCUUUUUUUUAUUUAUAUGAUUGUACUGUGAUUUUCGUGUAAGUAUCGAAAAUGUGUAGUUUGUUCGAUAGACAAAACUUAAACUGGUACUAUAGUAAUAUCGAACGUUGUAAAUAUGUCUGUCUAUAAUUAUGUCUAAGUAAAGACUGUCAGGAGGUGUUUAUAAAAAAUAAACAAUUGAAAAUUA